AUUAAGUUUGUAAUCGACAGGAGUGUGCACUGAUGUGUCGAGACUGGGGGCAGUGGGAAGUGAAGGUGAUUAAUCAUAGGUGGGGCUUGUAUGUACCUAUCCUUAAAGUUUUAAAAAUCACAGGUGAGAGACGUUUGAUCGUUUUGUUAUGUAUAACGUGUGUAUGUGUGUUUGGUUCCCACUCCAAGGUGCGUUAUACAGGUGUGUAGUCGUGGUGGUGGGGGUUUCGACUUUUUCGUCUUAAGGAGGGACUACUGAACAUGUAAAUUUCGUCGUCGUUGUGGAGUUCCGUGUUACACAGAAGCGUUGCCUGGGACUUUUCAGUAAGCGCCGAGAGGAAGGUGAGAGGAGAAAGGGACCCCCUCCCUACAAACAGAGCUUAUCUGCUUACCGUGACAUUUUUGAUUUUACUGUAUAAUCUGUGGGGUGAGUGUGGCUCGAUUCAGAAAUAGACCCGGUAAAUUCCCGUACAUGUGUAUAUGCAAAAGACCAACAAACGCUUCGAGUGCUAUGCAAGCCGUGGAAUAUUAGCACCUCGCAGUGCAGAGGGUACACACACAUAUAUAUAUAUACCUACACAGUCAGUCGGUGAGUGGGCUCUCCCACACGUAUAUGACUACCCCACAGAAAUAAGUCCCCCUGUGGUGUGUGUCGGUUCAUAGCGGGAUAAGUUACAUCAGGAAUGACGACUGGACACACUGGACCUAUUAUGUGUGUGGAGGGUUAAGAUACCUAACACUACUAGUGUUACAGACACGCUUUGACCAGACGGUAGCACAACCUCACACGUCCGGGACGGUGCUACUACCAACUCAGGCAGUCAUGGGGCUGUCUUGUCUGGUCGUUUCUUCAUACUCGACAAAAUUAUUAUUUCUUUUCUUUGUGUGCUUAAUAUGUUUAACAAAUACAAAUGGAAUUCGGCUUGACGGAAGAGUCGGCUCUUACGCAAAAUAUCCUAAAUGGAAUGCAUGCACAAAUGCUUCAAUAAGUUUCGAGUUCAAAACUCAACAAGUAAACGGCCUUCUGAUGUACACGGACGAUGCAGGGACCUACGAUUUCUUCGAACUCGUGUUAGUAGACGGUGUCCUGCGAAUGCGUCUUAAUAUCGUCGAUGGUCGAGACGGAAGUGUUGAAUUUCUUAUUGGAGAAAAUCUCGCUGAUGAUAAAUGGCACAAAGUGUCGGUGCAGAGAAAGAGAAUGGCGACCAGCAUUACAAUUGAUGACGAUACAGAUGGGACCCUGAGAAGGCUUUCCUAUGGCUCCGAUUUUCAUUUUGGAGACAUCCAGAAUAAUAGUGGAGUUUAUUUUGGAGGAAUGCCUCAGCAUCACUUCAGCACCAACCUGAGGAAUCUUGCGUUACCUUCGGUUAUGUUUGUGAAAGGUCUACGAAGUUCAUUCCGAAAUGUGAUUUACGGAAAUUGUUCGUGUUCUUUGGUUCGUGCAGUUGCAGAACCAAGAGCCGGUCAAUAUUAUGGAGUUCCGGAAAUUUGUGAAACAAGAAAUCCGUGUGGAGAUUGUCUCUGUAUAAGUGGGGAUACGGCACCGGAAUGCAAAUGUAUCGGAUUAAGCUGUAAAUCAACAUAUUACCACUUGCCGAUGGACGCCCUUGACGGAACCUCCUUGGUGAACCCCUCCGGACUUGAUGCGCGUGUGUAUGGUAACCCCACCCUCACCCGAGGAGCCCUAAAUAAGGCGCUGGUCCUAGAUCGAGGCCAGUGGAUACAGGUCAGUGGCCCCGGACAUCGCUACGAGUGCUUCGGUGACCUUGAACUCUGUUCAAAAGGUUACACCCUCGGUUUGUGGGUCCACUUUAAAAACGCGGGCAACACCAAAGGGGUUUACAUGACGAACGGCGGUCAUGACGCUGAGUCGCACGGGAUCGCCAUGACCUACAAAAAAGGUCUUCUCGAGUUCAUCUUCAAGAAGAAAAAUGGCCAGACAUGGAUUGUCAAGUCUGACAACGUUUUGUCUGAUAAAUGGUAUCACGUGUCAGUCACGUGGAAAGAGAAUGAAGGCCUCAGUCUCUUCCUGAACGGCGAACCUGUAAACAAAAGUCCGAACCCCCAGCAAAGGGCUGCCGCAAUAUCACGUACAAACAACAACUUCAUUGUCGGACAUGCGCAGGGCAACCUUGACAGUUUCAUUGUGGACGAACUCAAGUUCUGGUCUGAUUUCAAAACGGAAGAGGAAAUCAAGGAGAUCGGACCGAUGUACCGGUAUUACUUUUCAAUGGAGGAAAGAAUCGGAGACGAGCUCAUCGUUAAUAACGCGUACACGGAUAUAAAUGGGAACGUGGCCUUGACACCUGGGAAAAUAGGAAACGCUUUGACCUUUUAUGGCGAUGGUGGUUAUGUCACGAUCGAAGACUUUGCGAACACAUGUUUGGGUGACGUCACAAAAUGUUUAUACGGAUUUACAAUUUCUUUCUGGAUCGAGUUCAAGUCAUUAACAGGCGAUAUUCCUUAUUUCUCCAGCGGACCUAGAGGGUUGAAGAUUUUCUCUCGAGGGGGAAAUUUGCACGCUGAGGUAUCAAAUGGAAAGGAAACGUGGUCCGAUAGUUUUUACGGAUUAAAACAUGACAAGUGGCAUUUUAUUGAAGUCACAUGGUCUCCUAAAAUUGGAUUAUACUUGUACCUAGAUCUGGAGAUGGUCUCUAGCCAACCCACACCUGAUUCACGGGACGGAUCGGUUCCAACACAAGAAAACUUUCUCAUUGGUCGAGCCGGAUCUGGCAUGACGGCUAUGAGGUACCCAAAUGCCGCCAUUGAUGAAGUCGAGAUGCAUUAUGGGGACCGAUUCUCCCUACUUCAUCUCGACCUUAUUCAGAGAGGAAAGCCCGACAAUUACCAAUUCAGUAUGGAUUCGAUGCUAGGAGAUCGUCUAAUACAUCCGACACUCCUCGUGGAAACCUUCAAUCGACCUAAACUCGUCUCCGGGAAAAUCGGGAAAGCCAUCAAAUUAAACGGCGAACAGCAGGUGGUCGACUUUGGUGAAAAAUCUUUCGAGUGUUUUGGAAACUUAGACUUUUGUCACCAUGGCAUAUAUACCUCGCUUUGGUUUAGACCAACAACUUUCAGAAAUAAUAUGUAUUUUUUCACCAGCGGCCAUAACGGGUUAACUUUGAGUAACACGAGGAGAAAUCUGAAGGUCACGGCCGGGACAUCGACCAGAAUGUGGGAAGCGUCAACAGAUGUACUUGUGCCGGGAACAUGGUAUUUCCUUGAAAUUUCCUGGGAUCCUGAAACUGGAUUAGAAGUUUUUGUUGACGAAGUUCCUGUUGCUAAGGACAAGGAUCCAUCAAAAAGAACGGAUCCACUUCCGGAAAGUUUAAUUGAAAGCGCUCUUCAGAACAAGAUAUAUCUGGGCCGCGGAAACGUUUAUAUGGAGGACGGGCAGUAUGGGAAAGGCACAUUCGAUGAACUGGCGUAUUGGUACGGGCCUCGUGACUAUCUAACGGCUUUUGGGUAUCUGCAAAAAGGAAAGCCAACUAGCUACUUGAUCGAUUUCCAGAACAUGCGCCGUGGGAAACUUUUACACUCCGAACUCUACCUACCCACAGUGGGCUCCCCUGGACAGGUUCCGGGAGUUGUGGGAAGGGCACUGAAACUUAACGGCUUCGGUCAGUAUUUGGACAUUGGCCAAAACCAAGGCUCUUGUCUCGGAAACUUGGAAAAAUGUCCGAACGGUAUAACCAUUGGAGCGUGGAUGAACUUCCAGGCCUUCUUUGAAAACAUGUAUAUUAUGUCCACCGGAAAAAACGGUCUGCGCAUGUUCCAUAAAGAGGGUAAUAUUUACGUCACCGUAGACCAGGAUGGCAAACACUGGGAGGUGAACUUCCCACGUGUGGAACCGGAAACGUGGAAUCACAUGGAGAUGUCCUGGCAUCCGGAUCACGGACUCUCCGUAUAUGUAAACAACACUCUCGUGGCCAAAUCUCGUUACACAAACGUACCGAUAGAGGUCGCUACCUCCGUUCCUAACUUCUAUGUGGGAAGGGCAAAUAAUGGCGACUCCACCGAUAAUGUCAACGACGCCAGAAUGACUAUAGAUGAGAUGGAGAUUUGGUUCGCCAGGAGGGAAGAGUUACUGGCCUUUAAUUACCUCUUACGGGACAACAUUCCUCACGAGACUUUCUCCAUGGAGGACGAACAAAACGGCAUAGUUCGUCACCCCCGCUAUACUGUUACUUUAGCAAAUGGCGCCAAGAUAGUCCCGGGCAAAAUCGGCAACGCAGUUUCAUUGGCUGGAACAGGACAGUACGUGGAUCUUGGCGUCCCAGACGACAAGUGUUUGGCGGAUAUCAACCAAUGUAAGAACGGACUGACGAUGUCGCUUUGGAUAAAAUCAAGGGAACUUGUGGAUGGCUCUUACUUCGUAUCGGCACCUUCGUACUCGCUCUUCUAUCGUGAUGGCGAACUCGUUGCUAGGUUCCACUCAGACGGGAAGACUUGGCAAGUUUCCAGUCCAAAUUUUCAAGCUGACAGGUGGCACAAUGUUGAAGUGUCAUGGACACCAGAAAAAGGUCUUGCACUUUAUCUCGACGGUGUCAAAGAGGGCGCCACUGCCACCUGGACCCAGUCACAGGCCGAUGUGCCCUCUGGCAGAAAUGUGUACGUCGGACGGGAACAGAGGGACGAGCCAGCGCGGACCAGGGCCCUUGUAGACGAGAUACAGUACUGGUAUGGUCCAAGGGACCAGGUCAUGAGAGCCGGACAGAUAGGAGAAUUCCUCAAGCACGAAGUUAUUCCAUUUGACCGAGUUAUCAGGAUACAAAACGGUACAUCCAACAUAGUUCUCCCGACCAGGACCAUUCGUCUGCACGAGGGUCCGGUCCAGGUUCAAGGUCAACACGGUAGUGCCAUCAGGGUCAACGGUAAAGGUCAAUAUCUUGAUCUCGGGGACGACCUCAUCUGUAACGGUAAUCUCGAGAACUGCCCGGAAGGUAUAACCAUGGUGAUGGCAGUGAAACCGGAAACGUUACUCGGAAACAUGUAUUUCUUUGACAGUUUCCCAGUCUCGCUUUACUAUCGAGACGAGAAGUUGUACGCCACGGCCAGGACACCGACCAAGUCCUGGACAGUGUCGGCACCUGGGUUCGAACCAAACGAAUGGCACCUCGUGGAGCUCUCGUGGCAUGAUCAAGGAGGACUGACUAUGUAUAUGGACGGUCAGAAGGGAGGAUACCAGUCGUUCGGAACCCCUCAGCAAGAAGUUCGGGAGUGGAGUAGCAAAUCGUACGUCGGUAGGUCGUUGUCGGACAUGGUGAGGGAACGCUAUGCGGACGCUACAUUCGAACGUAUGGAUACGUGGAAUGCUAGGAAAGGAUAUCUCCAAUCUUUUAACUUGAUGCCUAGAACGGAAGGACUCCCAACCGAACGCACCGCAGUCGGGCCGGUUAUUCCACCCAUUAACGUUACACCAGUUAACCCCGGUAUUUCCGGUGGGGGUAUUGGAUCUUCCGGAAUCAAUGUGAUAACAGGAGGGGGUUCCCCGGUAAACCCUCAACCAGACCGAGGCACCGGCGGCAGCGAAAUCGUGAUCGAACUGGAAGGUGACCUUGGGAGGGAGAAUGUCAGACGUCAGCCGCCGGUAGGAACCGGAUCAGGAAAUGUUGUCACCAACAUUAGUCCUCCUCGGAAUCCUCGACCACAAGUCGAGUACAUAGAAAUAACGAAUCUCACUGGAACUCUUAACGUAAACCGUCCUCCAACACCGAGACCGCAACCCCGACCGCAGCCUCAGCCGCAGCCGCAGACACCAGCUCCCGUGUCGACACAAGGCGGAAGUCGACUUGUCCAACAGGGCGGAAGUGUGUCGAGCCGACAGAGGAACACCAAUACAAUCCGGUUUAUGGGAGAUGGAGCGUACGUCCACUACAACUUCAGUGUGUUUACCGGACUACACCCCCAGAUGGUGGAAUAUACACAGAAUGAGACCUUCUCCCUCCAGUUCAUCACACAGGCGACUAAUGGACUCAUCUGGCUCGAUCACCGCGGCAGCGAAGUCCUAUACCUGGCGCUCAGGGAUGGUUACCUAGUGUUCGGGAUUGACGAGGGUGUCGGCGCCCCCCGGGAGAUCCGACUCCAGUAACAUACCAGUAC